AAUAAGCUAAAAUAAAAUAUAAAAUAAAAGUAAAGUAAGAGAGAAUGAAUAAAAAUUAAAGGAAACUACUUUUUACGAACGGGCUUCUGAACGAUGAACAACAAUAGCUAUCUUGGUUCAUAUAACAUAGGAUUCACCCCCAUUGCGUAUUGGUACUUAUCGGAUAUAGAAUAGAUCCGCUUCCCUUUUUUCCUAUGAAUCGAAUUGUUCCAUUAUUACUAACAGAAUAGAACAAAUAUUAAUCCUUUCUCCGAAAUAAUUACCUAAAAAGGGGGGGUCCGUAACAUAGUUUUUUCCAAUGCAAUAAAGUUACAUAGUGUCUAUUUUUCAUUGAUAAAGGGGUAUUUCCAUGGGUUUGCCUUGGUAUCGUGUUCAUACUGUUGUAUUGAAUGAUCCCGGUCGUUUGCUUUCGGUUCAUAUAAUGCAUACUGCUCUGGUUGCUGGUUGGGCCGGUUCCAUGGCUCUAUAUGAAUUAGCUGUUUUUGAUCCCUCCGACCCUGUUCUUGAUCCAAUGUGGAGACAAGGAAUAAGCAAUUCAUGGGCAGGUUGGAAUAUUACAGGAGAGACUAUAACGAAUCCGGGUCUUUGGAGUUACGAAGGGGUAGCAGGAGUGGCUUGCUUUGGUUUUGGCGCAUUUCAUGUAACAGGAUUAUAUGGUCCUGGAAUAUGGGUAUCCGACCCUUAUGGACUAACCGGAAAGGUCCAACCCGUAAAUCCGGCGUGGGGCGUGGAGGGUUUUGACCCUUUUGUUCCGGGAGGAAUAGCCUCUCAUCAUAUUGCAGCAGGGACGUUGGCUUUUAUUGUUGCUGGAACUAUGUGGCAUGGUUCUGCAACUACUCCCAUCGUUUAUUUGGUCCUACUUGUUAUCAAUGGGAUCAGGGAUACUUUCAACAAGAAAUAUAUCGAAGAGAUAGUGUUGGACUAG